GCGACUAGCACUACAUGGAAAACACAUGAGAAACUAGUACUUUAGUAGAAGUUGACUGUGUACAGUAUUUAAAGAGACCAAUUUGUACGGUGUUGUUGUAUAUAAUAAUUCAUAUAUUCAUUUAUAAUACCCCAAUGCGUCGAAGCUGAUAAAAAGCUGUACAACUUUCUUGGGGAAUUUAACCGUUUACAGUUGAAAUGUCUCUUUUCGUUGUGAGCAGGUACCUCGGAGAAGAGGAAGAUGGAAACAUCUCAAAGGAGUCCCGAUCUCAGGCGUUAUUGGCUAAACUGCAGCAGAAGGCGAAAGAGAAGCAGAGACAGAGUUUGUCAAAGCAGAUAGAGCAACUGCACAAGGAACAGAUAGAAGAGCAGGAUGUCAAAAAGAAAAGAAAAGCAGCUGAGGACAGUAGUCAAGAGCGGCAGCGCCGCAAAAAGAGGAAAUCAGAAGACGCUUCUUCGUGUGGUUCAGACUCUGAUAACCAUGAUGAGCCUGCCGAAGUUACGAAGAAGAAGAAGAAGGAUCUAAAUGAGAAACAGAAGAAGAAGAAGGAUAAGUCAGCUCAAGAUGUUUCAGAUUCUCCUGUAAGUGGAAGAGAUGAACCAGAGGAUGCACAGGGACAAGAGGAGGCAGAGACAGAAAAUGACUCUUCAAAAGAAAGCUCGGAGAAGACGUCUGCUCCCACUGGAUUCACAGUUCUGGGAGGAUUUGAGAGCAAACCGGUCAAAAAGGUGAACAGAGUCCUGCCUCAGUGGCUCGCUGAGCCUGAUGUGAUUCACAGAGAUAUUAAAAGUAACCUGGUCCCCAUCUCUGAAGUGGCAGGGCUUUCUGCUCAUCUCCAGAAAAAACUACAGAAUAAUGGAAUCCAACACUUGUUUCCAGUGCAAGCGGAGGUCAUCCCCGCCAUCUUGGAGAGCGCACAGCAGGGACUGCUGAUUGGACGAGGCGGCUACAAGCCCAGAGACAUCUGUGUGUCUGCGCCGACAGGCAGUGGAAAGACUCUUUCAUUUGUCAUACCCGUCGUACAGGUGCUGAUGGAGCGGGUUGUCUGUGAAGUCCGGGCUCUGGCUGUGUUGCCGACUAAAGAGCUUGCUCAGCAGGUUUAUAAAGUGUUCAGGUCGUACGCUGAGGGCACCGCUCUGAAAGUGGUGAUGCUGGCAGGUCAGAAGAGCUUUGCUGCAGAGCAGGCUUCACUCUCAGAGCACAGAGGGGGAGUGAGACGCAGUACAGCAGACGUCGUCGUGGCGACUCCAGGUCGACUGGUUGAUCACAUCAACAAGAAUUCAGGUUUAUGUCUGGAACAUCUCCGGUUUCUCAUCAUUGACGAGGCCGACAGGAUGAUUGACAGCAUGCACCAGUCCUGGCUCAGUCAGGUGGUGAAGGCGGUGUAUGGAUCAGGAAGUGGUCCAGAGGGGGGGGCCGUCUUUAGGAGGACGGAGCCGGCGCACAUCACAGCAGCCAGUCUGUCUCCACCUCAGAUGCCGCUGCAGAAGCUGCUGUUUUCUGCCACGCUCACGCAGAACCCGGAGAAGCUGCAGCAGCUGGGCCUCUACCAGCCCCGACUCUUCAGCUCCAUCCACGGUCACUCCAGCGGCGACAACGCUCCGACUCAGAAACAAGACCGCUUCGACUUCCCUGAGGGUCUGACGGAGUAUUAUGUGCCCUGUACACUGAGCAACAAACCCCUCCUCAUCCUCCACUUCAUCCUGCGAAUGAAACUCAGUCCCGUCCUCUGUUUCACCAACUCCAGGGAGGCUGCACACAGACUUUACCUCCUGGUGCAGCUGUUUGGUGGAAUUCAGGCUGCCGAGUUCUCGUCUCGACUGUCUCCUGGUGAGAGGAAGAGGACGCUGAAGGAGUUUGAGCAGGGAAAGAUCCAGUUGUUGAUCAGCACGGAUGCAGCUGCCAGAGGCAUCGACAUCAACGGGGUCAAAUGUGUUGUCAAUUAUGAUGCACCACAGUACAUCAGGACGUACAUUCACAGAGUUGGAAGAACAGCACGAGCAGGAAAAGCCGGUUUGGCCUUCACCUUUCUGCUGAGAGUACAGGAGAAGAAUUUCCUUCCGAUGGUUUUGGAAGCAGGAAGCCCCGGAAUAGAAAGGCAGGUGGUCAAAUCAGAGAACCUGAGAAGUCUGGAGGAGCGGUACGAACACACGCUGCAAAAGCUGGCUGAUGUUAUCAAGGAUGAAAAAGUCAAAUAGUGAAACAACUGUAACCUCAGGCGUCAUCAGGCCAAGACUCUGCUACAUUUCUUCACAGCUCGAUUUUGAAUUUGUAUUUAUGUUAAUAAAACGCAAAAUGUCUGUGCCUGUUAAUUCACACAGUGACCGUUUAUUUAUAAGGAAAAUAGCAGCUUUGAUUAUUAAAGGUGAUACAAGCUUGGCCAUUCAA